AUGCGGUUUACCCAUAAGGGCAGUUUAGACACACACAUGAGAAUCCACACAGGAGAGAAACCAUUUUGUUGUGAGCUGUGUGGGCGAAGGUUUACCACAAAGAGCCAAUUAAACCUGUGUGAUCGAAGGUUUACCAGAACGAGUAAAUUAAACAAACACAUGAGAAUCCACAGAGGAGAGAAGCCAUUUUGUUGUGAGCUGUGUGAUCGAAGGUUUACCAGAAAGAGCCAUUUAAACACACACAUGAGAAUCCACAGAGGAGAGAAGCCAUUUUGUUGUGAGCUGUGUGAUCGAAGGUUUACCAGAAAGAGCCAUUUAAACACACACAUGAGAAUCCACACAGGAGAGAAACCAUUUUGUUGUGAGCUGUGUGGGCGAAGAUUUGCUGGAAAGAGUAAUUUAAACAAACACAUGAGAGUCCACACGGGACAGAGGCCAUUUUGUUGUGAGCUGUGUGAUCGAAGGUUUACCACAAAGAAC